UUGCAUUCUUCUCAUACAAGUUCUGUUGUGAGAAAAGAGAGAGGGGAACAGAGAAGGAAGAAAGAGGCGGUGAAUGCAAUCAAUAGUUCUAGGCAACUUUUCUCAAAUUGGUAAAUCGGAAUGGAGGUUGACAAAGCGGCAAGGAAGAUCAUGGUGGCCCUUCACGACAAUGAGGAAAGCCUCUACGCCUUGGAAUGGGCCUUGAAUCAUCUCAUAAACCCAGUCAUCGGUUGCAAUUCAAGUAAGUUUGUGCUCAUAUAUGCUGCACCGGAGGCUAUGGCAAGCACUCCAUUAACAGGGAAAGAAAUUGCAUUUUCAAGCCAUGUCGUUGGCGUCUUGAAGAGAAAUCAAAAGCGAAUGGCAGAGAAAGUGAUGGAGCAAGCUACAAAGCUGUGUCAGAAGCAUGGUAUUCUGUUUGGAAAAGCUGAAGGCUUUAAAGAUCGUGACCAUUCAGCAAAAAUGCACCCCUUAAGCUGCUGUCUGUUUAUUAAUGUAGUCAUGGCGGCUAUGGUAAUUUGGUAAACGCUUCUAGCAGUUACUGUAACGUUAGUGCAGGAGUUUUCCUUUUGGGUCAUAAUUAAAGACAUUUUAUCGACGGUAAUCUAAAAACAGAACUAUCGCAAAGGAAAAAUGGAUUCACAAGAUUGUGGACAAGAACAGGAUUACUCAAGAUAACAUAAGUAAAAAACGGAAAAUGGAAAACUCUACUAGUUGUCCUUCAUCAAGAAAGUUGUGAUUUUCAAGGCCAUUAAAGCACACACUCGGACCAAUCCAGGGACGUCAAGAACACAUGAGAAGUGUUCUAGGGAACACUUUUUGUGUUCCAGGCGUUCCCUCUCCCUUACUGAGGUAACACCGUGGCAGAAAAUCUGUUCUGUUCCAACUUCCUCGAACGAUGGGUUACCUCCAGCAAUUAAACGACAUCUUCAUGUUCUGCUAUUCUCUACACUUGUUCACAUGAUAGGUGUCAUUG